AAUUUAUUUUGAUGUUUGUAUUUGCACUUUCUCUCAGCUCCCCCAACUUUCACUGACCUCCAGGGAUCUGUUGUUAUUUGUACACGAACAAGCUGCAUCUGAAUUAAAUCCAGAUAAAACAUUUAUGCAUAUUUAUAGAUAUUCCAUGUUUUUAAACCACAUUCCACCACAGUGCCCUGAUGUGCAGUGUUCAGCUCCACAUCACCGCACAGAGCACCGCCCGGGCCCAGGGCCAUGUCGGCGAGGGGCGGGGAGCGGCGCGGAGCUCCUCCCCUCUCCUGCGCGCAGUCACCGGGGCUGCCGGACCGGAGCAACUCGGCACCACCGACCAUCCGCCGCUGGUUGCUCCUCCGCGCUGGGCGCAAAAGACUCGGAGCUCCCACCUCCGCCCGUCCCUCCUCACGGCGAUUGACAUGGCUUCCGACGGCAUGGACGAGCGCUCCCCGCUGCUGUCGGGCCCCAACUCCGGGAACGUGACCCCCACUGCGCCCCCGUACCUGCAGGACUCGAGCCCCCGAGCCGAACUACCUCCUCCUUACACAGCCAUCGCCAGCCCCGACGCCGGCGGUGUGCCUGUCAUCAACUGCCGAGUGUGCGAGUCGCUCAUCAACCUGGACGGGAAGCUGCAUCAGCACGUGGUCAAGUGCACGGUCUGCAAUGAAGCUUCGCCCAUCAAGAAUCCCCCAACAGGGAAGAAGUAUGUUAGGUGUCCCUGCAACUGCCUGCUCAUCUGUAAAGACACGUCCAGGAGGAUAGGAUGUCCUCGACCAAACUGCAGACGCAUUAUCAACCUGAGCCCGGUGAUGGUCAUCCCAGAGGAGCAGCCCGCUCAGCCGGCGCUGCCCAUCCAGCCUCAGGGGAUGAGGGUGGUCUGCGGUCACUGUGGCAACACCUUCCUGUGGAUGGAGCUUCGGUUUAACACACUCGCCAAGUGUCCCCACUGCAAAAAAAUAUCCUCUGUUGGUAGUGCGCUCCCUAGGAGGCGCUGCUGUGCUUACAUAACCAUAGGAAUGAUCUGCAUUUUCAUUGGUGUGGGUUUAACUGUUGGUACUCGGGACUUUGCCAGUCGUUACAACGCCACUUACGUGUCGUGGGCAUUCGCCUACCUGCUGGGCCUCAUCUGUCUGAUACGAGCCUGCUACUGGGGAGCAAUCAAAGUGAGCUACCCGGAGAACAGCUUUGCCUAGGAUGGACACGGCUCAGCACGGCUCAGCACAGCCCUGUACGGCCGGACGAUCAAACCCCAGUAUUUAGGUUCAGAUCUGAAAGCGGUCAUGUUCAGUGGAGUGGAACGUCUGCAGAGUGCGCUGACGAGGUUGAAGUAUGUGUGUUAGUGUGUGUGUGUUGGGAGAUGUAUCCCGUUGCGUUUGAGUCUCGGAAUGUUUUUAGCUCACUGAACAAACCUCUCGUACGUCGAUCGACCUCCUCCUGCUCCACACAGACUCAAAUCCUGCCCUGGUUUUGCAGAAUCCUCCAAAAUACAGAAUCAAGAUAAAAAUUGUGAUUUUUUUUUUUAGCAAUGCAAAAUGAUUUGUUUCCUGCGCUGAUUUAGAAAUGAUCGUUUAGCGAACUGACUGGAUUUGGUCUUUGUGGAGCGUCUUUAUUUAGUUGAUCAGCAGCCUGCUGAACUGACGGUACCCUGUUGAUUUCUUUUGUUUCUGACCAGACCAAAAUAAGAACAGUUUGCCCAUUGCACUACGAUUAUAUGCAAUUGUAUGUGUUGUUUUGCUGCUAGUUAAAACUCCAGCUACAGAAAGCUACAUACUCAAAGUGUAUUGUACCCAUUUACCUUGCCUGUGUACACUGACAUAGUAUUGCUAUAUGAUUUUAACUCUCGAUGAUGAUCGACUUUUAAAAAGAAAUCGCCCUUAAAUAUCCAUGCGUGCCAACUUUGCUGCCCAGUAUUAGACGAGAAGAGCAUCAGAUCAACAGGAGUUUGUUUAUUUGUUUGUGCCAUGCAGCUUUGAACAAUAGCAAUAACCCUCCUCCCUGAGUUAUUUUCAACCUCCGUCACUGCGUCCGUCACUGCGCCCGUCACUGCGCCCGUCACUGCGCUUUUCGUUGCCUUCUCACUGGUGGAAAAAUGUGAGACUCACGUUUGCAUGUUGAUUUUGUUUUUCAGUUACAGAGUGUUAUUUUUCUCCUGUUUCAGUGUGGUAGCCGAUGCGUAUGGUGUUCCUGUCUUUGCUCUUUCUGCCUGUGCGUUAGAAUGUAAACCCUCCUCUUCCUCCUCCUCCUCCUC